AUGCUGAAGCACAUCGCCUUCUCGAGUCAGGAAGAUUUCUUUCUCUUCCCCACAAUCGAGAAUAUGGCAUCCACUCCAAAUGGAGUGUCCCAGCGUCCACUGUUCACCACAUAUCGAUCUCCUUUCACUGGCACUGUCUGGCUCUUGGGAAGCAUCCCAGAGUUUGUGAAACUUCGGGUUCUUAGGCAGUGGUUCUCAAGCUCCCCUCCUGAGCACGUGGACUACAUGUGCAGGGCUGUAAUGAACAUCGAUAGCAGGAGCAUAUACAAUAUCCUCUCCAUGGCUGAUCAGGAAAUGAAGGAGGUAGUGGACUUGCCCGUGGACACUAUUAGAGAGGUUAUAGACAAGCUAGUCUUCUACUAUGGAGUGAGGGACAAGUGGAACAGUGAGAAAAUGUAUGAGGAGAUGGUGGAGAGGUUCCCUGGGAAAGAUAUCAACCUCUGCAAGUCUGGCUACUCACAUUCGUUUGUCAUCGACUCCUCCCAUCCAAUGGCUGAAUACGUUUAUAACAAACUGCCAAAAGUUGAAUGA